AUGCCCUCCAACCGGGCUCGAGAUCAUCCGCGCUGGAAAACGCUCGUCGAGAGCAGCACCCGGAGCGAGGCUGGCAAGUCCACAUUGGAACGUCAGCAUCGUUUAGCUGAGCUGAAGCAGCGACUUGGCCUUCCUACCGCGAGGAACGAUGCAGUUUCGAGAGAGGCAGCUCACGCCAAAGCAGCAGCAUCGUCCGUCGGCACGGACAAACACAAAUCGUCCUCCCACCAGUCAGCUUUGGGCCCCAACUACAGCUCGCAGGAGCACACGCUGCGCAACGACUACUCGCAACACUUUGUGGAUACAGGCGCCGGUCUGCUGCCAGGCAAUGCGGUACGAAACCCUUCGUCGAGCUCACGCUUCGACGAGUAUCCCAAACUCAAGCGUCUCGUUCAGCUCAAGGACUCGCUCGUCACCUACGUCGCACAUCCUCCCACCUACCUCCAGACGGAUCUGAGGCCUUCACUCGGACCCUUUCGAGAUGCAACUCGGUCCACAGAACAGUUCCACCUCGGCAGCCUGAUCCCUGUCAAGUACGACGUCGUGCUCAUCGACCCCCCUCUCGAGGCAUAUGAUUGGGAAGCACCACCAGCUUCAUCCACCUCUGGUGCUGCGAACUCGACGUGGUCUUGGGAGGAGAUUGCCGCUCUGCCGGUGCCGCAACUAGCAGCCAAGGAGAGUUUCGUGUUCCUCUGGGUGGGUUCCGGAGCUGGAGACGGACUCGAACGAGGACGAGAGGUGCUAGCCAAAUGGGGCUACAGGCGCUGCGAGGACAUUGUCUGCAUUCGUACCAACCCUCAGACCGAUGGAGCCGAGACAUCGAGCCAGCAGCCCUCGACCAGCUCGGCCUUCACACGGACCAGCCAGCAUUGCUUGAUGGGCAUUCGAGGCACGGUGCGCAGAUCGACCGACACUCGCUUUGUCCACUGCAACAUCGACACCGAUGUCAUCCUCUGGCCUGGGCCUGAAGGGGAAGAUGUUGCUCAGAUGCAAGCGGACGAGGUUUCGGGUCCAUCGCGGCCGACAUCGCUGCCAGACAUGAUCAGCAAGCCACCAGAGCUGUAUCAGACGAUCGAAAACUUCUGCCUUGGCACCCGUCGCCUCGAGUUGUUUGGCCGUAACCGCAACUUGCGGCGCGGCUGGCUGACAAUCGGUCUGGAAGUAGGGCCGGAUGCUCCUGGAUGGCUCGAGGGCGGCAAAGUCGCUUUACCAGGCGCUGGUCUGCCCGUCUUGGCGGAGAACGGCAUGAGCGAGCAGCUACAAGCUCACCUCGACCGCUUGCAGAUUCCUCGACCCUACGACAAGGUCGAAUAUGACGCCAACUUUGGAGUCGACCGCCCAGGCUGCGACUUGCGCGAUCGCUCCAAUCUAGUCCCCUUCAUCGAAGAGGUCGAUCAGCUUCGUCCGAAAUCGCCGCCACCCAGAGGCGCAGCCGACGCCGCGGCCAGGUAUCGACCGCAGUCCCAGCUCAACGAAACAUAUAAGCAUCCAGCGGCUGGACGGAUGAUGCCGAGCGGACUCAGUCACCAUUCCGCACUCCACGCUCCACCUACACCAUUUGCUCAGCAUCCAGUGGCGCAGACCUACGGCGGGCCAGGUCUGGGAGCCGUAUCGGCGCAUCCGAUCGGAUUCGAACAUCCUGUCACAUCAACGCUUGGCGCAAGGGCUGGUCUUGGUGGAGCAGGACUCUCGGGCUUGGGUGCGGGAGGAGAGAGGACUGUGAGCGUUCAGAGCGGAAGUGACACGCUGAGCGGACCUCAGGCGAGCGUACUCAAGGCCAAAGCGAUCGCUGAAGCCGCGGCCGGGUCGCCCGACGCUUCGAUCGGAUAG